AUGUCUUGCCAAAUAGAGGAACUCUCCUCAUUGUGCAAGGAGGAACUUGUGCAACGCCUACUUGAGCUACAGAAGGAAAAUAGGGAUAUGCAGAAAGAGAUGGAUGAGCUUCGGCAGCAAUUACAACAAAAAGAACAACAACUAACAUUACUUAACAGACGCGUAGAUGUGAAUAAUUCUUCCCCGCAUCAUCGACAAUCAUAUGAACUAAAUCAUGGACAACCGUCAGGAACUGAAACUGGAACGGAACAUGGACACUAUACUGUUUCUUUCUCCGUUAUGGUGAUUGAGAAUGGCACUGCCAUCUCCGUUCCUCUCUCAUCUGUAAUAGACAAGAGUUAUAUGCGUCCUGAUCUUCGUGAGGCGGAUACUCCUGUUGUAGCCUCAUCCUUCUUACGUGAUGACUCCGAGUCAUUAGCCCGUCAUUCCAUAGGAAGUCUUUUCGUAGAUCGAUCACCUAGCAUGAGUACAGAGGAAUCCAUUGGCACACAUGGAGAUAUGCGUGGACUUAGUAUUGCCUCAGCGGCUGCAAUAGCAGCUUCAGGUGGAGGCAGACCUUCCAUGUCUCUUGAUAUCACCGCUGGUGAUGAUGCUAAUGAACCUGUACCACAGGAUCCCAAUGCAACAAACUCUCAAUUGACAUCUUUACAGCAACAACAACAACAACAACAACAACAACAGUCGUAUGGACGGCAGAGGAACAGUCGACAUGAACUUCGUCAGUUAAGUCUUGGUCGUCUGUUGAAUAGGCGUGCUAUGUCAUUAGAUCCGGAUGCCCUCGUUUCGCAUCGUACUUUGCAAGCCUUUCAUCAACAGAUGUUAGAUAAUGGAUCUUCCCUCUCUCCUGUUUCUUCAUAUGGUAAUGCCAUAUACCAUUAUAUUGUGAAAAAUUUUGCGGUACGCAAUGGAUGCCGUCACAGUCCCUCUGAUAUUGAAGGUUUUGGUCGUACAUUAUGUAGUCUUUGUACUGAGGUAAAGUCUAUUUUGCAGAGUGAACCACGUCAUGGUAGUAUGGUAUCACCAUGCUACGUCUUUGGAGACCUACAUGGUAACUUCUGGGACUUGUUUUACUUUCUAGACAAUCUUAUUUCAUUUCAAGAUUUACGAUAUACCCCACAUCGAUUUCUCUUCCUUGGCGAUUAUGUAGAUCGUGGAGAAUUUAGCGUAGAAGUAGUAGCAUAUCUCUUCGCUAUGAAGGUAUUAGCACCGGAUAAGGUGUUGCUACUACGUGGUAAUCACGAGGACACUCUCGUUAGUGGUGAUAUCUCUAGUUACGGUAGUACCAGCUUCCGUGCACAAUGUCGCAAUCUAUUCGGUCAUUCACUAGGCGAAGAAUUGUGGCAUCGUGCGAGUGAGACAUUUGCCUAUUUACCACUUACUGCUAAUAUUGAUGGACGUAUUUUUUGCACACAUGGUGGUAUUCCCCGAUAUCGUGGUGGUGUAGAUGAUCGAUUACAGAUAUUAAGCCGUGAUGACUUUCCUGUUUUUGAGUCUUUCUUUCAAGCUUCCGAGGAGGAGACAGCGCAGCAGCGUAUGUGUCGACAGAUGGCUAUGGAUACAUGUUGGGCAGAUCCAGCAGAUGAUGAGAGUGUACUUGAUAAGUGGGGAUUUGGAGCUAAUCCGCGUGGAUCGGGUAUUAUUCUAUUUGGCUCCGUUGCCGUGGAUGACUUUCUUGCUCACUACAACUAUGAUUAUAUCUUCCGUGCUCAUCAGGAAAAGUCUGAUGGGUUGAAGCUUAGCAAAAGUGCUCGGGUAUUUACAAUAUUCAGUACAAGUGCGUAUGUUGGUCAUGAAAAUGGUGCUGGACUUGUACUUGUGGCAGAUGGGAAAAUACGCUUAAUUAUUAAGAAUGCCGAUGAAUGCAAUGAGGCACCUCCAGCAGCUGAUGAAGAGGAAGAUGUAGAUGAUGUGGAUGGAGGGAAGUGUUAA